ACCAUGGCAAAGAAGGUGGCAGUGAUUGGAGCUGGAGUCAGCGGCCUGGUCUCACUGAAGUGCUGUGUGGAUGAGGGACUGGAACCCACUUGCUUUGAGCGGACUGAAGAUAUUGGAGGGCUGUGGAGGUUCAAAGAAAAUGUUGAAGAUGGCCGAGCGAGUAUCUAUCAAUCUGUCAUCAGCAACACCAGCAAAGAAAUGUCCUGUUUCAGUGACUUUCCAAUGCCUGAAGACUUUCCAAACUUCCUGCACAAUUCUAAGCUCCUGGAAUAUUUCAGGAUUUUUGCCAGAAAGUUUGAUCUUCUAAAAUAUAUUCAGUUCCAGACAACCGUCCUCAGUGUGAGAAAACAACCAGAUUUCUCAUCCUCUGGCCAAUGGGAGGUUGUUACUGAGAGCAACAGCAAGAAGCAAAGCGCUGUCUUUGACGCGGUUAUGGUUUGCAGCGGCCAUCACAUCCUCCCUCACAUCCCACUGGACUCCUUUCCAGGUAUUGAGAAGUUCAAAGGCCAGUAUUUCCAUAGCCGCCAGUACAAGCACCCAGAGGGAUUUGAGGGGAAACACAUCCUGGUGAUUGGACUAGGAAACUCAGCCUCAGAUAUUGCCGUUGAGCUGAGUAAGAAGGCUGCUCAGGUUUUUAUCAGCACCAGACAUGGUUCCUGGGUCAUGAGCCGUAUCUCCGAAGAUGGCUAUCCCUGGGACAUGGUGUUGCACACCCGGUUUAUCUCCAUGCUCCGAAAUGUCCUGUCACGAUUCAAAAUAUUUCGAAAAUGGAUGAUGGAACAGCAUAUGAAUCGGUGGUUCAACCAUGCAGAUUAUGGCCUUCAGCCUCAAAACAAACAUCUCAUGAAAGAACCUGUAGUAAAUGAUGAUCUUCCAAGUCGUAUACUCUAUGGAGCCAUCAAGGUGAAAUCAAGAGUGAUAGAGCUCACAGAAACUUCUGCCAUCUUUGAAGAUGGAACAGUGGAGGAGGAUAUUGAUGUCAUUGUCUUUGCAACGGGAUAUACUUUCUCUUUUCCCUUCCUGGAAGAGUCACUUGUUAAAGUAAAGGAUAAUACGGUCUCACUGUAUAAGUACAUGUUCCCUCCUCACCUGGAGAAGUCAACUCUGGCAUGCAUUGGUUUCAUCCAGCCCCUAGGCUCCAUUUUCCCAACUGUUGAACUUCAAGCUCGUUGGGCAACCAGAGUUUUCAAAGGCUUGUGUACCUUGCCCUCAGAGAGGACUAUGAUGGCGGACACUAUCAAGAGGAAUGAAAAAAGAAUAGAUCUGUUUGGAAAGAGUCAGAGUCAGACACUGCAGACCGAUUAUAUCGACUACUUGGACGAGCUCGCUUCAGAGAUAGGCGCGAAGCCAGACCUCCUGUCUCUCCUGCUAAAAGAUCCCAAACUGGCCGUGAAGCUCUAUUUCGGACCCUGCAACUCCUACCAGUACCGGCUCACUGGGCCUGGGCAGUGGAAGGGAGCCAGAAGUGCCAUUGUCACUCAGAAAAAGAGGAUACUGAAGCCUUUAAAGACACGGGCACUAACAACCUCAUCUAAUUUCCUAGUUUCCUUCCUGUUGAAAAUCCUGGGGCUUCUUGCUAUUUCUAUGGCCUUUUUUUUCCAGCUUCAGUGGUUCUAA